AUGUCCUUACCGUCUACCCGCUGGAUAUCGUACUUGAAUAUGGAUACCGAUUUGAUGGACAGGGCAUGGGCGCGCCUCUCGAGCGUUAUCGCCUUCUUCGCGUCCAUCGUCGAACGCGCCCUUGCCCUGCCCACGGAAUGGUUUGGUACUCUCGAACUCCCCACGCAAACGACGACCCCGACCCGACUGACGCACUCGCACCGGCGCCACCCAUCGAACGCAUCCAUCCCGCUCGCCUCGCCAAUGAGAGUAACGCCACUAACGACAACCCGACGCCCUAUCGAUAUCUGCAUCCCGGUCUACCUGAGCUCCUCCCAGCUCCGCACGCUCUCGCCCGUCCACCUGCAGUCCCGAAGCGACACUCCCACCGUUCCGUGCUUUCCGUCCAUCGCUUUGCGCGUACCCGUACCCACUUCGCUCCUCCUUCCUCCUUCUCUAGCCACUUGCACGAGCUCUAGUCACUUACACGAGCCGAGAUCCAAACAAUCCGAUGCAGAAACGUCACCCGCCAAACGAACCACCCAUCGAGCGCAUACGAGCGUAACGCCGCUAACGACAAACCGACGUCCCCGCGAUAUCGCCAUCCCGGUCUACCUGAACCACCUCUCAGCGCAGAUCACCACGCUCUCGCCCGUCCACCUAUCAAAUAAUGCGAAACCCGUAACGCCCCUCCGACCUCCCCCAAACCCGCACAAUAAACCUCUCUCAUACUCUUCCCAUAAACCCAUGCCCUCACCCCCACCCCCUCUUCCCGCCUCCACAUCCCUAACGACGCCGACUAAGAAACUCACUCCCAUCUCACGCACCUCAAUCGCCCUACUCACCGACGUGAUUCACAACCCGACCUCCGCCUCAGCCCAGCUUCUCGGUAUGCACCUGCUGCAGAACGGGGUGCCGGAGGUUCCUGCGGGCGUUGGAGGAUGGGAAGAUGCCGGGGAGAGGGAGAUGAGGGUGGGGUUGGAGAGGCAGUCUCGCCGACCUCGCGCGUCAGACGUUGUCCCGCACUUCGAUGUCCCUCUCGCUCUGGUACAAAACGAUGUCGAACAGCAACGCGUGCCGUUCGCCAGACCUGACGCUUCGCAUCAGCCGGAUCCUGCAGAGCACAUUGCAGAGCAAGCGAUCGGACGGUAUCGGGAGUGUGCGAUCGAGGCUGCAGACCGGACAGAGAGAGAGCGCUCCGUCGACUGGCUCGCUGCCUUCCUCACCGAACUCAUGUCCCGCCCGGAUACACUGGCACGACUGAGCGAGGCCGAUAUCGCAGGUGUGCUUGCGUUCUUCGCAUCCAUCGUCGAACGCGCCCUUGCCCUGCCUUCGGACUGGUUUGGUACUCUCGAACUCCCCACGCAAUCGACGACCCCGACCCGACUGACGCACUCGCACCGACGACACCCAUCGAGUGCAUCCAUCCCGCUCGCAUCGCCCACGAGCGUAACGCCGCUAACGACAAACCGACGUCCCCUCGAUAUCGCCAUCCCGGUCUACCUGAACCACCUCUUCGCGCAGAUCACCACGCUCUCGCCCGUCCACCUACAGUCCAUCCUCCCCAUCCUCUUCCGUGCCCUCGCUUUCUACUCUUCUCCACUGCCCAGACUCUCCAUCAACGACCUGACCCAGUUCGACUCUCUCCCGCUCGAACGCGAGAUCGUCAACGCGUUCGACCCGCUCCUAAACGGGCCCUACGCAUCUUGCCUCCCCCUUAUCCCGCUCUCCGCACCGGCCUCUCCUACUCAAUACCCGCCGCGCUCCAUCCGCUCCGCCAUCCAGUCUUCCACCGGCGCCAUCCGCGCUCUUCGUCUUUCCAUCCGUCGCACCCUCUGCGCCCGUCUCGCCCGCAGCAGCAUCGCCCGCAUGUCCUCCGAUUCAUUUACACACUUGGGUGCACCGGGACAACUAGUUGACGGGGAGGAGGCGAAUGUCGUUAGGGAGAUUCUACCGGCUUUUAAUCCGUACAUCCUCCCUCUAACCUACCUAUCCGAAGCUCGCGAUCCCCUCCUCCGCGAACUCUCAUCCCUCCUCUCCGGCGAUACCUCUCCCGUCAUGACCCCCUGCAACCCUCCUCUCUCCUUCCUCCCCUCUCCAUCUCCUCGCACCUCUCCGACGCAGACAUCGCCAAGCUCCCCUGCACGACCGCACCGAGCUCUUCCCCUCCAUGCUCACCUGGUCCACUUCCUGAGCCCUCAUACUCUCCAACACCGACAAUCCGUGCUUAUUCCGUCAGCUCACGGCCGCUCACCCGUCGGACGAUGUUAG